CAAAUAAAAAAAAAUAAGGAACGGCAUUAUAAAAUAAAAUAAAAAUAUUGAAGUGAAAUAUGAAUUAAGUUAUAAUAAUUGAGGCAUAAACACACACACACACCUACACAUGCAUGCAAUGCAAUUAAACGAAUGAGUGACGUAGUUUUCAAAAUAAAUAAUUAAUUUAAGGCUAAAGUGCUACGAAUUGUCAAUUUUUUUACACAGCAAAUCCAACUGUUAUAGAAGAAAAUAAAUGAGUGAUGUUUUGCCGUAUGAAUACAUAUACUUACAAUAGUUUAUCCCAAUAAUAUUUCACAUACAAUUACCUAACGAGUGUCAUUAAAAACAAAAAAAAAAAAAAAUUAAUAAAUAAACAACUUACACACAAAGGAGCUAAAACAAAUUGAGAAAAGCUUGUGAAGAUUUUACCUCACAAACGUCAAAGUUGUCACGAACUUAUCACAUUUCGGAUUACCCAGCACACAUUUGAAGUUGACAUUCAUGUGGACGAAAUUCAUUCAUAAACCAUGUUACCACAAUGGCCCACAUACCAAUGCAAACAGUUCAAAUGAAUGCUUUUGAAAAGCAGACAAUGUGAAGGAAUUAGUGAAAAAAAACAAAAACAGCAGCUCAUCAUCUUAGACUUUCUAGUUGCAAUUCGCUGCGAGUCAUAUGUGUGCCUACCUAAAUAGAAAACUCGCCGCCGCAGAGAAAUACUCGUAUUCGCAAAGAUUUGCUGGUGAUAGAUACAGAGAAAAACACAAAGUGGAAGAACACGUAACCCACUUUUACAAAAUGCAAGAAGUUUGCACCACACUCGAAAGCCAAAUGGGCGCACAGAUCAAAUCCGAAUCACCGCUAAAUGCCAUGCAAGUGCAGACUGGUCAGACCAUAGUGCCCGGAGCAACACCACAGGUGCAACAACAGCAACAGCAUCAACAAAAUCAUGCAGCGGCGGCUGCUGCUGCUGCUGCCAUGAUUGCCAAUAAAAUGGGACCAAACUGUGAUAAGAGAGUAGGGCCAGCGGGUGGCCUGGUGGCCCAUGUCGGAGUGGGUGGCAAUGCUGAACAGCAGCCCUAUUGGAUGACAGCCUCCGAGGGGGGUUUCAUUAACUCUCAACCUUCAAUGGCCGAAUUCCUCAAUCACCUAAGCCCCGAGAGUCCGAAAAUGCUAGUCGGUGGUGGCGGCGGCGGCGGUGCUGGAGGUAUGGGCAGUGGCGGCGUAACACCAGUUGGCGUCGGCGGAUAUCCGGUGGGUGUUGGUGUGCCACAGACACCAGAUGGCAUGGAUUCGGUGCCCGAAUAUCCCUGGAUGAAGGAGAAGAAAACGUCACGUAAAAACAGUAAUAACAGCAAUCAAGCUGAUAAUGCCAUAACUGAAUUCGUUCCAGAGAAUGGCCUGCCACGUCGAUUGCGUACCGCAUACACAAAUACCCAAUUGCUGGAAUUGGAAAAGGAGUUUCAUUUCAAUAAAUAUUUAUGUCGUCCAAGGCGAAUUGAGAUUGCAGCCAGUUUGGAUUUGACCGAACGGCAGGUAAAAGUUUGGUUUCAAAAUCGCCGCAUGAAACACAAGCGUCAAACUCUUUCGAAAACGGAUGAUGAGGACAACAAAGACAGCCUAAAAGGUGAUGAUGAUCACUCCGACAGUAAUUCUAAUUCAAAGAAAUCAUGUCAAGGCUGCGAACUACCCUCCGAUGAUAUACCCGAUUCUACAUCGAACUCUAGAGGUCAUAACAAUAAUACGCCCAGUGCUACAAACAAUAAUGCCAGUGCGGGAAGUUUGACUCCAAAUUCGACUCUGGAAUCGGGCAUCUCGUCAAACCUUUUGGGCAGCACUACAGUAUCGGCCUCGAAUAUGGUCAGUGCGGAUUCUAGUGUGGCCUCCAGUGGCAGUCUGGAUGAUGAUCUCGAAGAAGCACCCAUAAAAGUCAAGAAAAAGGAUGAUCAGCAACACAUCAAAAAGGAAUCGCUGGUGUCUACAUCCACUCAAAAGAUCUCUCAAUUUUCCGGGUAUGAUACUCCCAUUUCCAUAGGUGGUCUGGCUUCGGGCUAUCGCAGAGAUUCGGACACCUCAUCACAACAUAGUCAGGCAACGACUAACAGCACUAAUGGUGGUGGUGGUGCGGCUGCUGGCAUGGUGGGUGGCAAGCGACGCUACAAUUCCAAUGCUUCAGCUAAUGCGGCUGCCGCAAAUAUGGCGGCUGCCAAUACAACAUCCGCUGAUGGCAAUGGGCCAUUUUAUCCGGCCUAUUAUGGCAGCAAACAGCAGCUACAAUCGCCGCAGCAGCAAGCACUACACGCCCAACAACAACAGCAACAACAACCAACACCACCUACAUCUGGCCAAGAUUAUUAUGGCAAAUAUGAUAUUGAAUUCGCUGCAGCAGGUUCACCUCAACAUUUGGCUCAUCGACUUCAGCAACAGCAGCACCACCAACAAACACAACAGCAGCAGCAGCAAAUGCAUGUACCCAAUGGUGAAUAUCUAAGUCCCAAACCUGAUUUUAUGGCUCCCUCACAGGUUUCACCACAUCUCAAGGGUAGUAACGAUAUUGCGGUGGCUAAGCUGCACCAGGGCGCCAAUGUUUUCCAUACACCACCGCAACAGCCACAGCACAUACAGCAACCAUUCUAUAAUCACCAUGGCGGUGGUGGUGGUGAGUCUAUGCAAUUUCAAGCUGGCCAUGCCUAUAACCACCAUCCCCACCAUGGCAGUGGUGUGGUGUAUGGGCCACACAACCAUCAACAAAUGCCACCGGACUUUGAUGGUUCUGGCAAUUACUACGAUCCCAAGGUACAGGGUGCCAAUGGUGGUGCUGGUGUAUACUACGAUCAAAUUAACUUCCAACAACAGGCGGGCGAUUUCAAUCCUCAUCAGCCCCAACACCAUAUGUCGCAUAUCAAUUCAGCCACAGCUUCUGCUUUGGGUAUACAUAUGGAAGGUGCUGGUCCACCUCCACCACCGCUGCCACCUGGUGGCCAACACAAUCAACUACAACAACAGUUUUAUAAUAAUCACCAUCAUCAUCACCACCACCAUCAUCAGGCUGGUGGACCACAUCACGGUGGUGGUGUGGUGGAUCAGCAAUAUAACCACCAUGGCUACAAUCACCAUGGCCAUGGACAUUUUAGUCACCAUCAUCAGCAUCAACAACCAUUGAGUGAUAAUCACGUUGGGCCUCCCAUGCCAGCUGACGGUCUCCUGGAUAGUGAUCCACCGCCACACAUACAAAUGCCACCCGGUGCUGUGGCCAAUAGUUUCGUAAAUCCCGCAAAUGUACAACCCACUGCCGCAAUGCCUACUCACAAUUCCAACUUCCCGCAAAGUGGGCCGGGAGCUAAUCUCACCGGCAUGGUAGAAAAUUCCAAUAGUUCGUCAGAUUUCAAUUUUCUGAGCAAUCUGGCAAAUGAUUUUGUCCCCGAAUAUUAUCAAUUGAGUUAGUUAAUGUAAACACCUAGACACAUACAUAUGAAUAAACCAAUACGUACAUAGUAAUUGUAAAACAAACAGUAAGAGGAUAUCCAUUUUUGGUAACUUUCACAUACAAUAACAUAACAAUAAAACAAU